GGACAUAUCGUUUGUUAGAAAACCCAAAAGAAGAGCAGGUGGCACCCAAGCAAUCAUGCAACGGCUUUUUCCAUAUGAAUCAUAAUAAUUUCUUUUGACUUAGCAAAAUGAAUCAUGAUGAUUACCUUUCUCCUUCGCUUUUUUAUUUUAUUUUUAUUUUUUUAGUCUUCGCCUCGGUCUUCCACCAGAAAGACAGAUAACGUUGAGCAGUAUGGGGCCCGAUUUCUGUGAUUCACCACCAUCUUCUUCUUCUUCUACUGCUUCUUCUCACCAUGUCGUUUUGUUCCCAUUCAUGUCCAAAGGCCACACCAUCCCACUCCUCCAACUGGCACGUCUCUUUCUCAACCGCCAUCACUUCGCCGUCACUGUCUUCACCACCCCAGCCAACCGACCCUUCAUCGUCCACACUCUCUCCGACACCGCCGCCUCCGUAAUCGACCUACCAUUCCCCGAUAACAUUCCCGGCAUUCCCUCGGGAGUCGAAAGCACCGACAAAAUACCAUUCAGUUCCAUGUCCGUCUUCUAUUCCUUCGCCGCCGCCACCAAACUCAUGCAACCCCAUUUCGAACAAGCUCUACAGUCUCUCCUCCUUCCGCCGCGGUACAGUUUCAUCGUCUCCGACGGCUUCCUCUGGUGGACUCUGGAGUCCGCCGCUAAAUUCGGCCUCCCGAGGUUAGUUUUCUACGGUAUGUGUGUUUAUUCCAAUUCACUCAGUAGGAUUGUCGCUAAAAAUCGGCUUCUACCCCAUCUUGAUGACAACAACAACGACGAGUCAAAGUCAAUCACGGUGACUCCAUUUCCAUGGAUUUCAGUCAAAAGAAAUGAUUUUCCACCGGUUUUUACGGAGCUUGUAUAUUCCAAAGGUCUCGCCUCUGAGUUUCACUUGAACUGCUUGAAAUCAACGGAGAAUAGUUUUGGCUUGAUUUUCAACAGCUUUUACGAACUCGAGGCUGUGUUUAUCGAGUAUUGGAAGCAAAACCUGUUGCCCAAACCAUGGUGCGUUGGUCCAUUUUGCCUCGCUGAACCAAAGGCUUGGCCGAGACCAACUAAGCCUGCAUGGAUUGAAUGGCUAGACCAAAAGCUUGAACAAGGGAGCUCUGUUUUGUAUGUUGCAUUUGGGUCUCAAGCUGAGGUUUCAACUCAACAACUCGAAGAAAUAGCCAUUGGGUUGGAAGAAUCCAUGGUGAAUUUCUUGUGGGUCGUAAGGAAAAAUGAGUUAGAGCUAACUGACAAUUCAGAUGGGUUCGAAGAGAGAGUGAAAGACAGGGGAAUGGUGGUGAGAGAUUGGGUAGACCAGAGGGAGAUAUUGAUGCAUGAGAGCGUACAUGGUUUUCUGAGCCACUGUGGAUGGAAUUCAGUGUUGGAGAGCAUAUGUGCUGGUGUGCCAAUUCUUGCAUGGCCAGUGAUGGCAGAGCAACCUUUGAAUGCGAAAAUGGUGGUGGAGGAGAUCAAGGUGGGAUUGAGAGCAGAGACUUGCGAUGGAUCGCUGAAGGGGUUGGUGAAGUGGGAAAGUCUGAAGAAGAUGGUGAAGGAGUUGAUGGAAGGGGAAAUGGGGAAAGAGGUGAGGAAGAAGGUUAAGAAAGUUGCGGAAAUGGCGAACAAAGCUGUAGUGGAAGGUGGAUCUUCAUGGUGGGCGUUGGAAUCCCUGACUGAUGAGAUUUGCAAGGAAAAUAAGUCAAGCAAAUGUGGUGAUUAAUUUCCUUCUAAUAUUAAUUUUAAGCUCUCCUAAUAUGCAUAAAAUUUGCUUUUCAGAUUGGAAAACAUGCAUGCAAGAGGAUUCCAUAACAAAAAAAAAGUGGCCUAUAUUUCUAUUACCACCACACACCCCCCACCCCCCCCCCCCCCCCCCCCCCCCAAAAAAAAAAGAAAAAAAAGAAAAAGAAAGGUGGUCUUGUAUGGUACUUCUUUUACAUUAUUUUUCAAAAUGCUGUGAGAAAAAAUAUUGUUAUCUGAACAAGAAUAUUGUAGUCGCAGGUCUAAUUUAUUAUAUAUAUAUUUGAUUUAAUA